AUGCUCUACCUGGUUGCUCUUCUCUUGCACUGUCUCCCCUUGGCCAUGGGACAGUAUGACAUUUGCAAGUCCUGGGUGACCACGGACGAUGGCCCAUCAUGGGAGUUUUAUGCUUGUCAGCCCAAGGCCAUGCGGAUGAAGGAUUAUGUGACAGUACGGGUGGAUCCAGCCGGAAUCACUUGUGGGGACCCGCCGGAGAGAUUCUGCACCCAUGAGAACCCAUACCUGUGCAGCGACGAGUGUGAUGCCUCCAACCCCGACCUGGCCCACCCACCCAAACUCAUGUUCGACAGCGAGGACGAAGGGCUGGCCACGUACUGGCAGAGCGUGACGUGGCGCCGCUACCCGGAACCGCUGCUGGCCAACAUCACCUUGUCCUGGAACAAGAGCAUCGAGCUGACAGAUGACAUCGUGAUCACCUUCGAGUACGGCCGACCCACCAUCAUGAUGCUGGAGAAGUCGCUGGACAACGGGAGGACUUGGCACCCUUAUCAGUAUUACGCAGAUGACUGCAUGGAGGCCUUCAGCAUGCCAGCACGGAGGGUCCGGGACCUCUCCACCACCAGUGCCAACAGGGUCCUCUGCACAGAGGAAUAUUCCCGCUGGGCGGGCUCCAAGAAAGAGAAGACCGUCCGCUUCGAGGUGAGGGAUCGCUUCGCCAUCUUUGCUGGCCCUGACCUCAAGAACAUGGACAACUUGUACACCCGGCUGGAGAGCGCCAAAGGGCUCAAGGACUUCUUCACCGUCACCGACCUGCGGAUGAGGCUGCUGAGACCGGCCCUGGGGGGCACCUACGUGCAGAGGGAGAACUUGUACAAGUACUUCUACGCCGUCUCCAACAUCGAGGUCACCGGCAGGUGUAAAUGCAACCUCCACGCCAACCUGUGCACCUUCAAAGAAGGCAGCCUUCAGUGUGAGUGUGAGCACAACACCACGGGGCAGGACUGUGGCAAGUGCAAGAAGAACUUUCGCUCCAGGUCUUGGCGAGCAGGAUCCUACCUGCCCCUCCCCAACGGGUCCCCCAAUGCAUGUGCAGCUGCAGGCUCAGCCUUUGGCACGUAUGAGCGACCGCAGCGGGUUACCACCGCAAAAACCAGCACCACAACAACAACCACCACAACAACCACAACCACCACCAGCCCUUCAACCACCACCAGCACCCCCCUACCUGCCACCACCACCACCCAGCCAGCAAGCAUCAUCAGACCAGCCUCUGAGUUCUCUGCCUCUGUGCCCAUGAGAGAAACACAGGAAAAACCAGACUACACCAGCUUGUCAGCAGCCGCCCCACUGCAGGUGAGCUCUCCCCUCACCAAGGCUGGCCCAGGAGCAGAAGCACCGCUUGAACCCAAGCUGAAGCCAGCAGAUGCUCCUGAGAACAUUCGAGAGGCUCUGAAGAGCAAAGCAGGGCGCACAGCACACUCUGCAGGCAAGAGGCACGGGAAGAAGACAGCAUCCUCAAAGAGCUCAAAACUCAUCCGGCUCAAACCAGACUCUGGCCCAGUGGCUCCUAUUGAAACUUACAAAGACUGCGAGUGCUACGGCCACUCCAACCGCUGCAGCUACAUCGACUUCCUGAACGUGGUGACCUGUGUGAGCUGCAAACACAACACGAGGGGCCAGCACUGCCAGCACUGCCGCCUCGGCUUCUACCGCAACAGCUCGGCCGAGCUGGACGACGAGAAUGUCUGUAUAGAAUGUAACUGCAACCAGAUUGGCUCCAUGCACGACCGCUGCAACGAGACCGGCUACUGUGAAUGCAAAGAGGGUGCCACAGGGCCCAAGUGCGACGACUGCCUGCCCAACUACUACUGGAGACAGGGCUGCUUUCCCAACGUGUGCGAUGACGAGCUCCUGCUCUGCCAGAACGGCGGCACCUGCUACCAGAACCAGCGCUGCAUCUGCCCCGUGGGCUUCAAGGGGGUCCUGUGCCAGCAGUCCAGGUGUGAGGCCGACAAAAAGGACUGUGACGGAGCCCACAGCGUGCGGGGCAGCCUCGGCACCGUCCUCCUAGGGCUCUUUGCCCUGCAGCUGUGUGCCUGGGGGGGCCUCUGAAGCUUCAGAGGAGGGAGCCCAGCCCAGGCCUAUCGCCCCAGGGACCAGGGGAGACCAAGGCAAUAGGGAGCUCUCCCCACUGUCUCCUCCGCCUUCCUUCACGCUAAGGACUUGCACAACGUCUUUCGGCCCACUUUCCAAGCAGAGAGGUAUGCAGAAAACCAGGGGGCUGGCUGCUGCCCACGAGGGUGUCCCGUGGCAGCUGGGUGGCCACAAUGGCCAGCAGGGCCUGCAGCAGCCCUGUGCCGGGACACGGGGCCCGGCCUCCCCCCACGCAGCGAUUCCUGCCCUGCCCUGCACAGGCCGCCCGGGCUCUGGGGAAACGGCAGCGCCCUGAGCCAAGGGAGGGGUUUUUUAUUAUUCCUUUCUUUACUUUGGUAUAGGCUGGGGUGUUCUUUUUAUUUAGUGUCCUGUUCUGAACGAGCCUGUCAUGA